ACGCUUAUUUGUCAUUGUUGAAGCUAUUCCUAUUGCUUAGUAUCCUUGGACACCAAAUCACUCGACAAGACCCCAAAUCAGAACACGGUUGAACAGGAAAGAGAUUAUAUUCCAAAUAACAAGGUUAGAUGGAUGCAAGAUGCAAGUAAGAAGCAAGCUCUUCGUCAUGCUGCAAUUUAUACAAAUUUAAAACUGGAUCUUUCACUUGUGUGUGCUGAGGAUCUCGAAGAAAACACCCGUAUCGUGAGUCCAGACGCAUUUCAUCAAGCUUGGCUCACUUUGAGUAGCUCUAAUGCUGUUGUUGUUCCUGGAGGUUUUGGUCAGCGAGGUGUUGACGGGAAACUAGCUGCUAUACGCUUCUGUCGAGAAAGAGGUGUGCCGUUUUUGGGUCUUUGUUUGGGCCUCCAAUGUGCUGUGAUUGAAUUUUCCAGAAACGUACUUGGUUGGAAAGACGCUAAUUCCACCGAAUUUGACCCAAAUACCACUCAUCCAGUGAUCAUUGAUAUGCCUGAACAUAAUUCCGGAAUUAUGGGUGGAACAAUGCGACUUGGUCGACGCCGUACAUUGUUGUAUCUAUCGGAAAUUUCUAAAUCAUACUUACAACGUACCUACAAAUGUUCAGAACUUAUAUGUUCUCACUUAGAUUCACAAUCAAAAGUUUUAUCUGAAUGUAGAGCGAAUGAUUCAUACACUUCAUCGAAAACCUUUAAUUCAGAUAGUAUAAUGCACCGGUUAAUUAAUGCACCAUACUUUGAUGCGCGUCAUCGGCACCGGUAUGAAAUAAAUCCAAAAUAUGUCGAUCAACUCGAAGAAUCAGGUCUUAUUGUUGUUGGUCGAGAUGCAGAAGUUGGCAAUCGUAUGGAAAUCAUUGAGCUAUUACAACCUUUGCAUCAAUUUGAAAAUGAUUCGGAUUUAGAAAAUAAAUGUCCUACUCGACAUCCUUUCUUCGUAGCUACUCAGUUCCAUCCUGAAUAUACAAGUCGACCUACUCAUCCAUCAAUUUUCUUUGUUGGACUUGUAUUAGCUGCAUCUAAGCGUUUAAGUGCUUAUGUUCACAAUCCUUUUCGACUUAGUCCUACUCAAUUUGUAUUGGAUGAAGAUGAUAAAAAAGAUACUGUGGAUCUAUUUAAAAUAAGUCCACCUAAAAAACUAAAGGAUACGGUCAGUUACUGCAGUAGGGAAUCUACCAGUACCUGCAUUAUGGAUUCAAUCGAUAGUAGUAAGGUGACAAGCUCAGUCAACACUGAUUUUUAAGAGGAGUUGACACUAGUUUCUCAUGUACUGUCGUCGCUGUGUUGUGAAAGUCCGGUUUUUAUUAAAAUCCUUCUUAGAUUAAUAAACUUAUUUUUAAUUGAAACUUCACCUUUUUGUGCUCCAAAAAUUCUAAUUACCUACUUCACUUCUUAAAGAGAAAAAUGCAAAGUAACUGACCACAAAAAUGUAGUUUUCUGUAAUGUAAAUCAAUCAAGGAAAUUCGUUGUAUACUAAUAACUAUUUUUGAUAGAAGAGAUUUAUUUUUAUAUGAACAGAUAUUUUUCAUCUGAAAUAAAAUAAAAAAUUCUAUCGAAGAAGAAUAAUGCUGUUUGAUACGUUUAUCGCCUUCUAAUUUUGUACUAAGUCAAUAUAAAUUGUUCGUAGUACAUUUUCCUAUCCAUGUUAUACGUCAAUUUUCUCUAUAGUCUAUGUUAUGUUUUUCUUUUUGUUUCGUCGUAUUAAAAUUUUUUCAUAAUUAUCCACAUUUGACAUUUUUUUUCAAAGAUGAACAGGCUUAAUUAUUUAAUCACCUUCUUCUUUAUUAAUAAGUCAUACAAAUUUUAAAGUGCUAAAGUAACUCAUCUCUUCAAUGCAUUUGAUUCCUUACAAAUUCCAUUGUAAGAUUUAGAAAUAAAAUAAGCUAAGUUUACU